UAUAUAUAUAUAUAGUAAGGUAGAUAGUUACAUAUUAAGGUUACGUCACUAGCAGAUAUAAAAGCUAUAAUCAAUCUAUACGAAUUUGUUCAUAAAAUAAAAAUGGUUCGUGCGUGGUACAUGGAUAAUAGUGAUGUUGAUCAACGAUUAGAACAUCAUAAACAACCACCUGAAUAUAUUUCUAUUGAGAAUUUAUUCAAGAUAACAGGUGUUGAAUAUUUUCAGAUUAAUUAUAAAAAUUAUAAAAAUGAUAACAUAUUGACAGAAUUAAAGAAAAAACGUUGUUAUACGUACGAAGAUGAAAUAGAAUGUUCCAAGAAAUGUCUUCCAAAUUACGAAGAGAAAUUAAAAAAUUUUUUUACCGAGCAUCUUCAUACUGAUGAAGAAAUAAGGUUAAUUUUAGAUGGAUCAGGAUAUUUUGAUGUCCGAGAUAAAAAUGAUCAAUGGAUACGUAUUGAAGUUCAAGCUGGAGAUUUAAUAAUUAUUCCUAGUGGAAUAUAUCACAGAUUUACUUUGGAUAUUAACAAUUAUAUAAAAGCAAAACGUUAUUUUGUCGGAGAGCCUGUUUGGUUGCCUUAUAACAGACCAGCUGAUGAUAUGGAAUGUCGUAAAAAUUACUUAAAUCGUUUGAACCAUGGUUUUGAAGUAGAAGUUCUUUAAUUUUUACUAUAAAAUUUAUACAAAUAAUUAAUAUUUUUUUAAAGAAUAAUAUAGAAUAUCAAGUUAUAUUCAAA